CAAUCUCCACACCACAACCUCUCACCUUCCCCAGCACGCCUCCUCAGCUCUCUCCCGCCAUUGUCAAGCAAAAAACACCAUACGCGUACAAGUUCAACAUCAACAUCAACAUCAUAUCACGUUGGAAAUGGGCAAAAUCCAUCCCAUCUUCUCCACCUCCUCCGCCGCCGCCGCCACCGCCACAGCCUCACCUUCACGCGACGUGACUUCGACGACGGAGACGUUCACCAUGUGGAUGAAGUCCCUGGUGAUGAACGGCAACGGCUGCACCAUCUACGACCAAAACGGCGCCGUCGUAUACCGGGUCGACAACUACCAGAAGAAGGGCUGCCGCGAGGUGUGCCUCAUGGAUCUCAAGGGCAACAUCGUCUUCACAAUCCUCAGAACGGCUCCCUUACUACUGUGCCCGUUUUUAUCAAGAAUGUGGAAGGGCUACAGAUGCGACGAGGAGACGGCGUCGUUUUGCGUCGCGAGGAGGACGAAGAGGUUAUUCGCUACGGGUUUGUGUUGCGAGGUCGUGGGUUGCGACGGUCGGUAUAAGAUGGAGGCGUCGUCUGGUGGGAAGCUGACGGCGUUUAAGAUAACGGACGUGGUUAGCGGGGGAGUGGUGGCGGAGGCGAAGAGGAAGCACUCGACGUCGACGGCGGGGACGGGAGUUUUGUUGGGAAACGACGUGCUGACGUUGGUGGUUGGGGCGGGGGUUGACCGGUCGUUUGUUAUGGCUCUGGCCACCGUCUAUGGCUUGAUGAGCAGCAGAUUGUGAUGAUGAACGGUCGUGAUUUGUUAGGCUUUUUUCUUCUUCUUUGUUUGAGUGAAGACUGAAGAGGGAGGAUGAAACUUUUUUUUUUUUUUUUUGGCCCAUUUUCCGAUCUGGAAAUGGAGACAGGAAGAUGGGUUUCAUUGUAGGCUUGUAGGUGUGAGAUGGACAAAGAGAAACAGAACAGAUAGGAAAGUGAAGAAAUCAAUACAAGAAUUGAGC